UUUCUCUCUCUUUCUUUCUCUGUCUUUCUCUAGUACCUUCCCACCUACGUUUUAUUCGAUAAAUUUCAAACUGGUGUCGCCUGAAGGAACCCCUUUGAGCGAAGCGAAAGGCAACACACGAAUACAUCAUCAUUCUCGCCUAUCCGGAAGUCAUAUGCCCAUACACGCGCGAAGAACGCGCGGACCCUACGAGGAAAUCGAAAUGGUCGAAUUGAGUGGUAGUGGACAAGCGAAUUCGGCCAUGGGUGUUACGGGACUCGGUUCUGUGGUAUCCGCAGCGGCCUCAUCUUCGUCAUCUUCAACGACUACGACCACCACUGGUGGUGCAUCCUCGUCAACUUCCGGUCGUGCUGGUAUACUCGAGACACAGGUGCGCGGUCAAUGGUAUCGUGUAUUCGUCUCUUUGGAGGACGAUUAUUUGAGUAUAUCGCUUGACGAGAGUUGCGACACUGUUAACAACGUUCUCAACAAUGGUAACAUCAAUAACAACAACGUCGACAGUCUCAACGAUCCGGAUGUACCGGAUUCGGUCGCCAAUCAAAAACGUAUCGUGCGGGUCGUUAAAAGCGACAACAACGGACUCGGUAUUUCUAUUAAAGGUGGGAAAGAAAAUAAAAUGCCGAUUCUAAUAUCGAAGAUAUUCAAAGGUAUGGCAGCCGAUGCCACGGAGCAAUUAUAUGUUGGCGAUGCGAUAUUGGCUGUUAACGGUGAGGAUCUACGCGAAGCUACCCACGACGAAGCUGUUAAAGCACUCAAGAGGGCUGGCAAGGUCGUCGAGCUUGAAGUGAAGUACCUGAGGGAGGUGACACCGUACUUCAGGAAAGCCUCGAUCAUCCAGGAAGUUGGUUGGGAGUUGCAACGUGGAUUUCUCAGUGCGACACCACCACCACCAAAGUCACCGCCCAGGGCAGACACUCGUUAUCUGCCAUUGCAGCUUUGCAGACUCACCAGGGCGCAUCCUUCGUCGGAUCCUGAGGGUCGAAUCCUAGAAUUACAUUCACCCGAUGGUGUUCACGAAUGUUGGUUGAGAGCCGCUGACAACACAGAGGCAAACGUAUGGUUCAACGCUUUACACUCGGCGCUAGCAGCACUCACUCUGAAGGCAUUGAGACUAGCCUCAGCAGUUCCGGAUCCGCCGCAGCUUCAGCACAUUGGUUGGCUUGCGAGGAGGCACUGUCUGCAGAAAGGAAGUGCAAGCAGUGAGAGUAGCGAGGAUGGAGCCGGAAGUAGUGCAAGUACCUCACGAGGUGCCGGAAGUGGAUUUGCUUUGGCGACUGGUUGUGCUGGAGGAUGGCGUAGCGUCUUUGGUGCGGUUUCAGGAAGAGAAUUAAGGCUUUACGAAUGUGCACCAUGGAGUCCUGAAGCUUGGGCAUCACCGAGUAUUACCUGUCCUCUUAUUGCUACCAGAUUGGUUUCAUCACCGACAAGACAAAAUGAGGCAGCGGCGAGUAGUAGCGGUGGAUUGACACAGCACGGUGCCACGUUCGCGGUUCGCGUUGGUACGAUCGACGGCGUCGUAACGCAUCAUCUGCGAGCUGAAACACGAAGGGAUCUGGCAGCUUGGGCAAGGGCGAUCGUUCAGGGAUGUCAUGCCGCAGCCGCAUCGUUGCGUGAAUAUACCGUUCGAUGCACGUGGCAGGGUAAAGCCUGCCAGUUGGUCGUCAAUCACGAAGAGGGAUUCUCGCUGUACGCUACAGGGACAAGGGGCGUCGUUGGAAAUGGCGUUAGUCCUGGAUCACCACCGACUCCCCUUUGGAAGAGAUCCUUCGACAAACUGAAAAUGUCUGCCGACGAUGGCGCACGUUUACUCUGGCUCGAUUUUGGCGGCGAGGAUGGAGAAUUUGAAUUGGAUUUAGAAAGUUGUCCGAAACCGAUUGUCUUCGUUCUUCACAAUUUUCUAUCGGCGAAGAUCCACCGAAUGGGCCUGAGCGCAUAGGGGUACGAGGGGGCCCCGGCUGAGGCCCCCGACCUGCCGCCGCACACCACCAGAUCCGUUACUAGUGUAUUUCUUCAUUGAACGAUCAAAAUAUACGAAAGACAGACAGAGAGAGAGAGAGAGAGAGAGAGAGAGAGAGAGAGAGAGAGAGAGAGAGAGAGAGAGAACGAAGUUACGAAAGAAAUUCAAAGAAACCAAAAAAUAAAAAAAAAGAACUAAUUUCAACCGUCAAAAUUUGAGAUACUUUGCAAAGUAUAUGAGAAUAUUUAUUAAUUAAUAUUUACAAAUUAAAAAAGAAACAAUAUUUAUAAAUUGAAGAUGAACAAAAGAAAAGAAAAAUUCUUUCGCUUCGUUCUGUCCUCGAUACAAUACGAGAGAGCGAGGAAGAUAAUCGAUUAGAAAUCAUCCACGCGAUCGUAAAAACGAAGGAUGAAAAUAUAACGAUGAAGAUCAUAUCGAUGAGAAAAAUAACAAAGA